UGGUCCGUUGAGAAAAAUAAUUCAUGUAAACUGGUUAAACUUUCAGUAUUGCCAAUCUCAACCACCAUAGUAGGAUAUGAAUUUCCAGAUGAAUUAACUGCUUGUGAGGGUAGAAGUUGA